AUGGGUUUCUAUGGUGCGGGGUUCCGUGGUCUCAAUAACUUCCCUUCUGACGAGGAGGCUGAGAAUGAAGAGUUGAUUAGAGUUCAGCCCCCAAAGUCUCAUCCCAGAAGUUUAUGCGUCUCUUUUCUUUUUUCAAACAUCAGAAGGAUCUCAAAGGCUUCUAGACCAGGUACUCACACAUCCUCAGGCUCUGGAUUUCAACAUUUUUUUCAGUUUUAAAGAUGUGUGCAGGCAUUAACGGGGUUUGCUUUUCAGAAGGUCAGGAGAGGAGCUGUAAAUUUUUGUGUCAUCUUCGACUGUAGAGAAUAAGCAGAGUAAUCAGUCUGUGGGAGUGUCUUCCUUGGUUCCUCCUACUGCUCAGCUACUUGAAAAAGAGGAAGGAGAAUGGUCUGAAACUGGCAACAUGGAUGCUGUGGAGGCUAAUGCAGGCAAAAAACGGAAUGUGACCGGUAAAAGUGGCUCCCUGCAACGACAAGGAGGUGAAAGUGAUGAAUCUUUAGGUUCUGAUAGAUCUUUGGGAAAGAUGUCCUAUGAUUCUUGUCUUCUGACUUGCAACAAGGAUAGACGUGGCUUGCUCAAAGAUGUUGGCAGACAUUCUUCUUUGGAAAGCAGAGGUUCACGUUGCGGUUCUAAAGGAGAUGUGCCUGAAGGUGACUUGGAGGAGCAUUCACUGGCUGUGAAGCCAAAAGUUAUCCGAGGUGUCGAAGCGCAUCGUUCUUUAAAAGCUGCAAAUAUCAUUAAGACGAGGCCUACACUUGAUAAGCUUCAGGAGGCAAUGCCAGGAAAGAAAAGAAACAGACAAGCCGUUUUUCUUGACAUUGAUGAGGUUAAACAAGCAGGUGCACUUAGUAGUUUAUCUCUGAAGAGACAUUCAUCCUUUCCUUCCUCUAUGCUCACUCGUCAGAUAAAAGAAACAAGCCAUGCCACCUCUGCUGUGGAUGAACAGACGGUAGAAAGCCCAGCCCAACAUGCAACCAAGGAGCAGAGAGAAACAGACCCAUUGAGUGGUGAAGGAAAUGCGCUGUCCGACACUAGUGACCAAGGAGAAGAAUCUAAUACUGAGGUAGAUGCAGGUCUCGACGGUCGACUUAAGAAGACAAGUAGCGGUAAUGAGCUUUUUGCUGAACUGAAUCCACUGCAGAUCCAAAGGCAAGGCUCAUGGAAGCAGUUUGCAGACUCAAGGCAGCCUCGGAACCGACAAGCCUUGUCAAGUAAACCAACGGUUUUUGGCCAAAGUUUAGGAAAUAAAAGGGAUCAUCCAGCAAUGAAGAAAACUACAAAUAGCAUGGUAUGCCAAGAUACGUCAAUUCAACGACUUUUACGAGAGGUUACCAAUGACAAAUUCUGGCAUCAUCCUGGUAAAUGUUCUUCUAAUGCCUUUGUUUUUAAUUGAUUUUACAUCCAUCUGGAUUUUCUACAUCUCCAGUUCUUCGGCGCAUUGAUUUUGAUGCCUUUUUAGUUACCUAAAGGUAAAAAAGAAAGCAUGCCUGCUACAUUCAGGAGUUAGGAGAGAAGUGUACCUACCCUGAAAUACCAAUGUCCGUCUAUUGAAUUUUCGUGUCAUGCUUAUCUAAAGUUAAUAGUUGAUAGACGUAUGAUUGUGCACAUAUGAUGGAAUCCUAUUAUCUUCACUGAUAAUCGUUAUGAAUGCUAUUAUAUUUUGCAGUCACAGCUGUUAACAUAGAUUUGAGACGUAUGUAAGAAAGGUGUAGUUGUUCAAUGUUGAUCUUGCAUUCUCCUUAUCUCUCUCUCUCUCUCUCUCUUGUGCGCGUGCAUGUGCACUAGGAGACCAUAGUUCUGUUCAUUUUUCAUUGGUCAAUAUUAUCUUUGGUUUUUAUUUUAAUACAUCCUUGUACUCUAUUGAAAAUUUCAUGCUUAUCCUCAUAUGGAAUCUUGAUUAUAAUUCAAACAUUCUGAUGAAUUCAGAGGAUUCUGAGCUCCAGCGUGUCCCUGGAAGUUUUGAAUCAGUCGAAGAGUAUGUGAAAGUGUUUGAGCCCUUGCUUUUUGAGGAGUGCCGCGCCCAACUCUACAGUACUUGGGAGGAGACUACAGAGGCAGCAUCCAGGGACGCACAUAUUAUGGUUCGUGUAAAGACUUUGGAAAGGAGGGAAAGAGGUAUGUACGUGCACGUGUGGUGCUUAAUAUGUUGUUUAUUUUUUACAUGAGCGUUACUAUUUUCCUUCUUUAUGUCUUGACUUACUAUAAUUUAUGUGUCAUCGAUGAUGCAACUUUUUCCCAUUAAACCACUCAGUUUUCUUUCAUCUAGUUGAGUUUUCGCUUUCCUGAAUGGUGAUGAAGCAUUCACAGGUGAUCAGGCAAUCUUUCAUUCUAGAAUCUAUGGCUACACAGUCACUUUCUCCUCUGUUUCAUUGCGUAGGAAUGAAUGCAUGCAGCUGAUAGCUCUAUUAGGAAAAAAAAUCUUCAUUGUUGCAUUACUAAGUAGUCUGAUGAAACUCUCUCCAAGAUGACAAUCUGGAGUUCCAUUAAAACCCCGACCUUUCAAAAGGGGAAAGAAAUCAUCAUAUUUUUCUGGGUUAGUCCAUGGAAAUACUCAAUUAUCAGAUAGAUGUGUAGACAUACUUAUUUCGGACAUAAAGAACCAAUAUUCCAUUUCAUACGCUACAUUUUCAUACGAUACAAUACAUCUUAUUCGUUACAAUUUUUUUGUUUCAUACGAUACAUGUAAGUCACUUAAUUGCUACAUGAGAUCUUGAAUGUCUAUUGAACACCAUGUUCUAAUAAGUGACACAAUGCUCAUUUGACAAGGCUCUGAAGGGACCGUCAUAAUUAUGCCAAGAGCCAUGGUUGCUGUUGGUCAGAGUGAUGACUUUUGGGUGGGUGACUGCAAGCCUUUCUAUCAUUGUGGAGGAGCUACUUAUGAGACUGUUUCUUCUGCGUAUGUCUUGCAGAAUCUGCAGCCUGUCAGGGGGCCAUUUCACUGGGUAUCCUCGUGAGCCUGAGGUGGCCUCAUUGAUCUAACUGCCCGUUUGUCAUGUUAUCAAUUUGAAAUUGAUACGGAUGAGCUUUUUUCCAUUGCUGCAAUUGGGCUAAUAAGGUUCUUAAAUUAGUCUUCUCCUUUGAACGAUAUUCAGCCAGAACAUAUGGUGCCAUUUAUAGCAUCAUCUCUUCUCCUGUCGCUAUAAAAUUAUACUAAAUCUUUUGUGAAAUAAAAAUCAAUUUCGUAAAAGCCGUAUUAAAAUGAUUAAUCAAGACAUUAACCUUUCAUUGUUGCACCUGCAUGCAUUUGAUGUGUUCUUUUCACCUGAUUGUUUAUUCAUAGACUUCUUUUUUUACAUUUUGAUCCUGAAAUUCCUGGUUUGUUCUUAUAUCUCAUGAGAAAUGAGGAGUUCAAAAACUCUGUUUGUCUUUAUCAUCAUUUCUGAAAGUUCAAAGAAUAAUAAAAAAAAAGAUAUUAGAUAGAUAUGGACAGAUUUUUAUAUAAUGUAUAGCGGUGGAUGGAAAAAAGUUGGAAGGGAAUUUACUAUUUAUGGAAUUUUGAUCGUAGACUCGCAUGAUCAUUUUUUUAGAGGGAUGCGCAUUAAAAGAAAAAGGUUGAUUUUCGUUGGAGAUGUUUCAAAAAAUGUUGCCACAAAUCAUCAAACUGCGAUUUAAUUAGGAAAAAUUGGCAUUUUCCCUUUGACUGGCCAGCUUAAUCAAAUCUCAUCGAAUUGGAACCGGAUUGAGCCUGAUCAAUCCAGAUUCCUAUCCUACUUCUAUUAGCCUAGCCUUCUCUAUCAAGUCGAUAUUUUAGAAAUAUCUGAAGGACUAUGUAAUGAUUUUACUUUUGACUUGUCUUGAUUAGGUAAUAAUUAGUGCUGGACUAUAUAAAACAUUUCAUAUGAGUGUCUCAUUCACCAUAAAGGUUCCCACUACUAAAUCUGCCAUCUGAUCGAGGCUGAUUUUAAUUUUUUUACUAAAAUGGGAACUACCUGUUUUAGAACGACCUAAAAGUACCCACUUUGAUGUUAUCUUGGUACGCCUGUCAUCAAAGACUAAUUCUUAACCUUAGAUUAAUUAAAAUAUUACCUUAUUUUCCCAUUGUUCUUGAUUAUCUUACUUCUUUAUUGCAAUAGGCUUGCGACUAAGCCCCAUAUUUAAUGUGCUCUCAUAAUCUUUUUUUGCCCAGGAUGGUAUGACGUUGUGGUCCUUCCAGUAGUGCAUGAAUGUAAGUUUGCCUUUAAAGAAGGCGACGCCGCAAUCCUCUCAUCCUCAAGGCCCAGUUCAGGUCUGCAUGCGAACAUUUUCUCCAUUAUUUACUUAUUCAGGAUCAGAUAAAUCUUAACACCCCCCCAAAAUCACCAAUGCAGUCAGAUCCAGGAGGAAGAAGCAUGUUGGCCCGAGCAAGGGGAAUGUGGGUGCAGAGAGUACCCAACAAGUGCUUGGUACUGUGAGGAGGCACACUCCUAUCGACAAGCGUGAGCCCCAUGGUGCUGUUCUUCACUUCCACGCUGGUAAUUUCUCAAACAGGUAUUAAACAGCCGCAGAACGUAGUUUCCUGUUUAAAUCAGAUCAAUGUAGCAUGUUUUCUGGUGUAUAAAGUUCAUGUAGCAUGUGAAGCUAUCUAGCAGAAGUGGGUAGUGGGAAGCUGCCAUUUACUAUGAUUGUAACAUACUGGGUCAACUUCUGGGUCUUUUAGAUGAUCAUAUGUUACUGCGAUCUCUUGAGAGAAUUUAAGAAAAACUAGGCUUCUGGGUGUCUCCAGAUAAUUGUAUGCUUUGAACUAGAAGCUGAUCUGUGUGUGUGUGUCCUGCCUCCUUGAUCGCCAGCACGGUCGAGGAUGAUCAUAUUCUGAGGAAAUUCCAGCCGAGGAGUGUCUGGCAUCUCACAGUGCUUGGUUCUCUCGCCACAACUCAGCGCGAAUAUCUCGCCCUGCACGCCUUCCGCCGCCUCAAUCCGCAGGUGAAGAGCUUGAAGCUGUUGAUGAUGGAGUUGUGUCUGUUUUCUUCAAGCUGGUUCCUUUCCUGUCGCUGAGAGAGCUCGUGUGGUUUGCAGAUGCAGGCGGCGAUUCUCCGGCCCAGCCCCGAGCGAUUCCCCAGGUACGAGGAGCAGUGCCCGGCCAUGCCCGACUGCUUCACGCCGAGCUUCGUCGAGCACCUGCGCAGGACCUUCAACGCUCCGCAGCUGGCGGCGAUCCAGUGGGCCGCAAUGCACACCGCCGCCGGCAGCGGGGGCGCCACCACGCGGAGGCAAGAUCCAUGGCCCUUCACCCUGGUUCAGGGCCCCCCAGGGACCGGCAAGACCCACACCGUCUGGGGGAUGCUCAACGUGAUCCACCUCGUUCAGUACCAGCGCUACUACACCGCCCUCCUCAAGAAGCUCGCCCCCGAGAGCUACAAGCAUAGCACCGACAGCUCCUCCUCCGAGGGCGGCGGCGCCUCCAGCGGUGGCGGUGGGUCCAUCGAGGACGUGCUCCAGAGCAUGGAGGAGAACCUGUACCGGACGCUGCCGAAGCUCUGCCCGAAACCCCGGAUGCUCGUCUGCGCGCCGUCGAAUGCCGCAACGGAUGAAUUACUCUCCCGGGUCCUCCACCGGGGCUUCAUCGACGGCGAGAUGCGCCGCUACCGGCCGGACGUGGCUCGGGUGGGCGUCGACUCGCAGAGCACCGCCGCCCAGGCCGUCUCCGUCGAGAGGAGGACGGAGCAGCUCCUACAGAAACCCCGCGAGGAGGUGGCCGCAUGGAUCCGCCAGCUGAAGCUCAGCCAAGCCCAGCGGUCGCAGGAGAUCGCCCGCCUCCAGCGCGGGCUCUGCGCGGCGGCGGCCGCCGGCAGGUCUCAGGGCUCCGUCGGCGUCGAGCCCGACGUGCUCGCCGCCCGCGACCGCCACCGCGACGCCCUGUUGCAGAGCCUGGCGGCGGCGGUGGAGAGCAGGGACAAGCUGCUGGUGGAGCUCUCGCGGCUGCUCAUCGUCGAGCAGAAGUUCCUCGCCGGCGCCGGGCGCAGCAGCUUCAGCCUAGCGGAGGCCAGCGCGGAGCUGGAGGCGAGCUUCGCCGACGAGGCCGAGAUCGUCUUCACCACCCUCUCCAGUAGCGGCCGGCGGCUCUUCUCCCGGCUGACCCACGGCUUCGACAUGGUGGUCAUCGACGAGGCGGCGCAGGCCGGCGAGGUGGCGGUGCUGCCGCCGCUGGUGCUUGGAGCGGCGAGGUGCGUGCUCGUCGGCGACCCGCAGCAGCUCCCAGCGACGGUGAUCAGCCGCGCCGCGGGGUCCCUGCUCUACAGCCGGAGCCUGUUCGAGAGGUUCCAGCAGGCGGGCUGCCCCGCCAUGCUGCUCUCCGUGCAGUACAGAAUGAACCCGCAGAUCAGAGACUUCCCCUCCAGGCACUUCUACCAGGGACGCCUCGCCGACGGCGACAUCGUCCUCAACCUCGCCGACGAGCUCUACUACAGAGACCCUCUGCUGAAACCCUACCUCUUCUUCGACAUCUCCCAUGGCCGGGAGUCCCACCGCGGUGGCUCCGCCUCCUACCAGAACCUCCACGAGGCCCGCUUCUGCCGGGCCAUCUACGACCACCUCCACCGCGUCCUCAAGGCCGGCAGCGCCGCCGCGGCAGCCACCGGCAGGGUCUCCGUCGGCAUCAUCACCCCCUACAAGCUGCAACUCCGCUGUCUCCAGAGGGAGUUCGAGCCCGUCAUCUCCUCCGAGCAGGGCAAGGACCUGUACAUCAACACUGUCGACGCCUUCCAGGGCCAGGAGAGGGACGUCAUCAUCAUGUCCUGCGUCCGCGCUUCCGGCCAUGGCGUGGGCUUCGUCGCCGACGUUCGCCGGAUGAAUGUCGCCCUUACCCGCGCCAGAAGAGCCUUAUGGGUGACCACCCCCUCUUCUUCUUCUUCCUCUUUUGCUCUUCCACUUCUAAUGGCGGCGGCGUUAAACUGGGCUCUUUCGUCCUCCCUGGCGCAGGUGGUGGGGAACGCGAAUGCCCUCGUGCAGUCCGAGGACUGGGCGGCGCUCAUCGCCGACGCCAAGUCGAGGAAGUGCUACAUGGACGUGGGGGAUAUCCCGCCGGAGUUCGCCGCCGUCCCCAGAGGAUCUGGUUUUCCUCCGCCGGCGAAGAUGGUGCCCUCCGGCGAGAGGGGAUUGAGGCAGUCAGAGACGCCACUGAUGGCGGGUAAGCUCCCAAGCUGA